UGAAACAAAAGAAAGACGAAGGGAAGACGAACAUUCUUGUGUCUCCUGAAAAACUAGAUAAUCUCUUCCAUGAGGUUAAGGUUUUCAGAUGUUCAUCUGAUCUGUUGUUAAUCCACUUCUCUGCUAUUUAAUGUCUUGGCUUGUUUUUGACUGAAUUUUCUCGAGUCCCAAACAGGCCAAUAAUUAUAUUUCGUCGAGAUUAUUGAUUCAGGAUUUUGAUGGUUUGUGAAUUCCAAGGGAAAGCAAGAUGAACUGCUUUACAUGCUGCUUGUCUGAACAGAAACUCAGCAGAAGGUCUUUGAAGAAAAGCAUUAAGGAAUAUCAUGACACCAAAACUUUAGCCUCAUUUGCUAAUAUCUCCUUCAAAAGUGAUAGCAGCAGGAGAAAAUACAUAACUGAUGAAAUAAAGAAAAUUGGAAAAGGAAAUAUAUCUGCUGACAUUUUCACAUUUCGAGACUUAUCGAUAGCAACUAAAAACUUCAACCCUGAAAAUCUUCUUGGAGAAGGUGGUUUUGGAAGGGUCUAUAAAGGAAAGAUGGAAAAAACAAAUCAAGUUGUCGCUGUGAAGCAACUCGACAGAAACGGAUUCCAAGGGAACAGAGAAUUUCUUGUAGAAGUUUUGAUGUUGAGUCUUCUUCAUCACACUAAUCUUGUUAAUCUUGUUGGAUAUUGUGCUGAUGGUGAACAAAGGAUUUUAGUCUAUGAUUUCAUGCCUAAUGGCUCUCUUGAAGAUCACCUUCUUGAUUUAGCACCAGGGAGAAAGGCUUUGGAUUGGAAAACAAGGAUGAAAAUAGCAGAAGGAGCAGCAAGAGGACUUGAGUACCUGCAUGAAAAUGCAAAUCCACCAGUAAUAUACCGCGAUUUCAAAGCAUCAAACAUAUUAUUAAACGAAAAUUUUGACCCAAAGCUGUCAGAUUUUGGCCUGGCAAAGCUCGGUCCAACAGGCGACAAGACUCAUGUUUCCACAAGAGUGAUGGGAACUUAUGGCUAUUGUGCACCUGAAUAUGCAUUGACAGGACAAUUGACAACAAAAUCUGAUGUCUAUAGCUUUGGGGUGGUGUUCUUGGAAAUAAUCACAGGCAGACGAGUCAUCGAUAACUCGAGACCAACAGAAGAACAAAAUCUAGUUACUUGGGCAACACCAUUAUUCAAAGACAAAAGGAAGUUUGUAUUAAUGGCAGAUCCAUUAUUAGAAGGAAGGUACCCAUUAAAGGCUCUGUAUCAAGCACUUGCAGUUGCAGCAAUGUGUCUACAAGAAGAAGCAGCAACUCGGCCGUUAAUGAGUGAUGUUGUGACUGCUAUUGAAUAUUUGGCAGUAAAAAAAGGAGAUAUGGAUUUUGAUGAAAUAAUUGAUGAUCAUAAUAAUACAUAGUGACUCAUGAUAGGGGGUAGGAAGAAGAGUGUGAGUUCUUGACAAUAUUCUUUCAUGACAUUGUACAAAAAAAAAAUCAUUUUUUCAUUGCUUACAAAUAUCACUCUUAAAAAAUUAUGGGUUCUUUUUCCUACCCAAAUCUAGUUUUGAUGUGCUAAGAAAGAAUUUUUCUUGCUCAUAAGUUUGAUGUGUUAGAAAAUGAGCAUUGUGUAUGAAUUGCAGAAGUUUGAUGGAGAGUUUCUAUUCACAUUUGUAUGAUCUCUGACCAAAAGUUUUUGUUCAAGUCAUUGGUUUUUGAUAUAGAACAGAGGACUAUAAAUACUAUUAUCCAAAACUAUGGAUUAUAUUCAAAUUCUA